GUUGUAGUUGUUGUAUUUAAUAUUUAAGCGACUCCGUGCUCACUCAAUAUCUUCGGAAUCUUAUCGCUCGGUCCCGUAAUCGAGUUGCCCGCGAGCAGCGCGUGCAUGAACAGAAUUUCAAGAAAAGUUAACCAAUUUUCCUUUGGCAUUGUGACUGUAGUGUUCAGUGAACGUCAGUUCUCGCCGUUCAUCAGCACAGCCGUCGCGUUUUCCCGCAGUGUUUGUUAUUCUCCACCGGAGAAUUUACACGAAAACCAACCCUAUUUUUAGCAACCCUGGCCUCGAAUCUACGCCAAUAUUGACUCAAUAUUUGACUCGUUUAUCCUUUCAAUUUCCGUCGGGGGUGAAAGUGUUGAGCAGGCCUUUGAACAAUUCCGAGUGGUUUCCGUUACGUCUACCGGAACACUGCCAAGCCUGCUGCAGGCUCCCAGAUUCUGUCCCUUUUCGGUUGCCAGGGUCGUCGAAAUCUCGUCGUCCGUACGCACUAGCUAGCGGGUCAACGAGGUUUCGCACGCUUAAACUACGUCACCAUGUAGAGUGCGGAGUGAAAUGAGUGUGCAAAGUGUACAUUUAUUUUUGCCGUGACGGUAUUUUGGUCGCUAUUAGUUUUGCUCAUUUGUAUAAGGUCUCCAAGUUAGUGAAUAUCAAAUGAAAACAAGUUCACCAAUAAGCUUCAAUGAUCCGUGAAUUUUAUCUUAGUGAACUAAACUAAAGUGGAUAAAAAAAGUGUGUGUUUUUUUUGUAAUGAUAAAAAAUCCAUCACAAUAAAUAAACCAUGGCCUCAUCAACACCAUCGAAAACAUCGACAUCAUCAACUACAUCCAACGACGACACUACAGAUUCCAGCAGCUCAACAGCUAAAUACGGUGACUCUGAUCUAGCAUCAAAACGGCGAAAAGAAGAAGAUUCUGAACUCAACUAUGCAUCGUUUAAAGAAGUAUUAACUGACACCACAUCGAAUGUAUCUUCAACAACAAAUUGUUCCGAUUUCAAAGGUGGUCUUCUUAAGGACUACGUUCCAAGUGCCAAUACAAAUCCUGCCUAUGUUUCACCAUCUCCGUCUGGAACUAGCUGUGGAUUCGAGAAUACAUUCGGGGUCCUUGAAAGCCAAAUUGGCAGGAAGAGAGAUCGUCAAAUAACAUAUUUAAGACGAAUUAGCGAAGAAUACAUACCAAGUUUUUCAUCAUUCAUGCAUGAUUCUAUGUCUCCUAGCCUUGCGGAGGCGACGGAAGAUAAUAAUGAACCGAAAACAUUAUUUGAGUUACAAUUCGAAGCUGCCGAACGACUCAAAGAGAAAAUGAAUUCCUCCAGCGCUAGUAACUCAUCAACAUCUUCCCCACUAUCAUCCCUAACGAGGAAAAGACUGAAUCGUGAACUGACCAGCUCCACACCCAACAAAAAGGAAACUUUUGAAACGCCAUUAAAUGAACUUCUCUAUAAUUUUCAUACAUUGGGAAUGAAUAUAUCAACUGCAGCGAAAAGUGAUGAAAGUAGUGACGACUUAGAUGAAACAGUGAUUAAUGAGGAUGGAGAGUAUCCGGAAUGUGUCUAUCAUAUUUCAAAAGGAAAGGACGGAAAAAUGUAUUUACGAAUGAUGAAAAGUUUGUUGAUUGAUAAAGUUCUUUGCGGUAAUCGUGUAAGCCAAAUGACCCGAGCAUAUGAUGACAUAGAAGCUGUUACACGUCUCCUCGAAGAGAAAGAAAAGGAUCUUGAAUUGACCGUGCAAAUUGGGAAGGAGUUGCUCACGCAAAACGGUCGAUUGGAGAAGAGAAUUGUCGAUUUAGAAGCUGAAUUGAAGAAAUCAAAUGAAGAACGAGCCCAGUUGGCGCAUGAUCUUCAUCAGAAAUCUGAAUUGAUUGCGGUGCUGACAAAUGAUAUUGAUGAGGGCAAUGAGACUGAAACGCCAACAGCCACCAAAUCAAUCAAUUUGGAUUUACUUCAGAGAAAGGUCGCCUCUCUUCAAGACGAAAAUCAAUCAUUGAAACGCGAAGCUCAGCAACUCGCAAAGCAAACGGACGAGGUAGAAGAGCAGGAACGCAAAUUAAUGGAGGACAUCACGACUCAAUUGAAUUCUGCGAACAGUCAAUUCGAUGGCCUCAGCUUGGAGUUGGAAAGGCAGAAAGAGGAGAAUCGUCUGCAACAUGAACAAAUUCUGAGUUUGCAGGCACGCCUUUCUGAGGCGGAGAUGAGGUUACAUCAACUCACGGCUGAAAAUGAUGAACAAGUGUCUUUGUUAAGCAUAACGAAAGAAAACCAAAAUAUGUUGGCCACUGAACUGGCAGAAUUCAAAGAACGUUAUCAGGAAGUGCUGGCUCUUCUUCAAGAGACCCAAGAACAGCUUCGCAAGCAAAAGAAAAAAUCGCAACCACAGGCUCGCAGCUCGUUCCUGCCCGGUUUGGGUAUUCCUCAUCCGGAUUCGUUGCAUUCAGAAUUGAUGGAAUCUUCAUUGUAUUCCGACAAUAGUUUGGAUUCUGGAAUUUCAUCUGAUCGAAUGAGUGGCAUUGGUUCAGGACACCUACCACCUUUCAAGAAAGUGUUCGAGACGGUACGUUGUGCUGCGAAGAAUGGACAUUAUUCAGACGGAAUGUCACAUCUUGGUGCCAUGGCUCUCAGCUCAUCUUCACAACCUAGGAUGUCGGCCUUGCCCUUCGUACCACCGACAUUAAACCAGGCCGGAAUGGGCACCUACCAUCGUCCAUCUUCGGUCUAUUCAGGCUCCACUUAUCCUAGUUACGAAAGCUCCUCACUUGGUAUUAAAACUAUGUCGUGUGAAAGCUUGACUUCGUCCCAAUCAGAAGAUGGUUAUCCAAGUCAACCUGCUGGUAUUCCUGGGGCCCCUGGAGCUAAAGAUUUAGAGGCUGCUUUGAAACGUCUAACUCCUGCUGAAGUAUUAGUUCGUCGCACAAUGCUGGCUCAUGCUCCAGCGGGUACGUAUACCUACGACGAGAACCCACAUCAAGGAGUUCCACUUGGAAUGCGUACUCCGGACAGUAUUAUGUCAACUGGAUCAUCAGCGGCUAGUGGAGGUUUCACACAUGGUUCUUCGAAUCAAUGGCGUCUUCCAGAACGAUUGCAAAUUGUAAAGCCAAUGGAAGGUUCACAAACACUUCACCAUUGGUCGCGUCUUGCAACACCGAAUUUGAGCGGACUUUUGGAGGAACGUCCCGGUGUGCAGGUGCGAGGAGGUCGAGGCCUUGAAGAGUUAGGAAUGCAAGUGUAUUCUCUGUCUGAUGUUGAAGAAGAUAUGGACGAUAAUCCUGGCAAGCAAUUCCAGGAAUCUGGCUGUGUGUAUACCUAUACAAAUAGUACAGUAAUGCAUCCGGAUGACGGAACGGCAGCCUUGCUCGGAUUAUCGGUUGCUUCAUCGAGGGUAGCAUCAAAUUCAACCUCGAGGCAAUCAACUUGUCCACCAACCCCGCGAUCUGGCAUGUCGAGGAGAAAUUCGUGUUCCACUUAUUCUGUAAAUAUGGGAUUGGCAUCCUUGUUGAAUGAGCGUGGAAUUAAGGCUAUUACACCAAGUGCGUUAAAUACACCAGCGGGCCCCAACUAUUCACCAACAGUGACCCCAUGCAAUAGUCCCGAAGGCUCACCAACUCGUUCUCAAUCACCGGAACCGUUGCUUGGUAUUCUCUCUUCAGGUGCCGAUCUUAUUCGCCGCAAACUUUUGGGAGAAGUUGAACGGCCAACAAGAAACCAUCCAAAGCAGCAAAAAAUCAUGUUGUCAAGAUUAGAAAAGAGAGCUUUGAGGUCGCUACGUCUUCUUGAAAAAGUGGAAAGUGUUGGACUAGAGAACAUUAUAGGCUCACAACCAAAUGCAAUGUCACAAUUGUCAAGUGGAAUCGCGAAUCGAAGUGUAAGUCCCAUGGCACAAUUAACAAGCUUGAAGAACCUGUCAGCCAGCGGCAGUGGCUUGAAUAAAGGCAUAUCGAACGACAGUCUGAAAAGCUUUACAGAUAGUGAUCUUCCCAGUUCAAUAUCUUCAACGGAUGUCGACAGUGAUGAUAGUAGUUUGAAUGUGGCCGCAGCGAAAGAAAGUUCAUCGGCUGUCCCAAAUCCUGUCGAUAUUCGUCUGAAGCAAAUGCAACGCCAAAAGUCACGUCGAAACCUGAAGAAUGGAAUCGGGCAACGUCCAGAUCUAGGAACAGUGGGCGGUAAAGUCAGGCCGGAUCUAGGUCGUGUGGAUACCGGUGCAAACGCAAAGAAAGCUAGUCCUCCACCACAAAAGCAGAAACAACGGAGCGAAGAGAAAGUGGCAACGCAAUCAAUGACACAAUCGUUCGUAGGAUCAAUCAGUUCACUCUUCUUCGGACGAAAGGGUGGAUGGCUGUAAAGUAACGUCUGAUGUGUGUGUGCAAAACAAACAAGCUGGGACUGUGCGGUCCCUGUAGUAAAAGCACAUUCGUGCGCCGGAGUGAGAGUCGGUCGUCUAUUGGCUUUUAUCGAAAGCAAUGCUUGGGCCUCACCAAGCCUUGACAUUAAAAUGCCAUCAGUAUUCCAACAACAUCAUAGCUGAUGAGAAGAGAAAGUCUGUAAAUGACGCAAGCACAACAAAUUCGGCUCAAACAUCUUUUAAACCCGCAGCAACAGCUACACAUACAAACAGUAAAAACAUCGACAAAACAAGCAAAUUUAAAUUUAAGUUAAACGAUAUCUAGGGGCAGUUACAGUAAGUAAGCUACAGUUCAAUUCUAUAUUCUAUAAAUUGGCAAAUGUGGUGAACACCGUUCCCCACGCACUUGUAAAUACACACACACUUCAGUCGUAAAAGUAGAGGGAGGUGGAAAAAAUUAUAUAACAUCGCUAUUAUUUGUAAUAGGAACAAGAAUUGCGCGCCCAACAAACCGAGACUUAACAGAAAUAAAAGAAAAUUGAAAGUGGUAAAUAGCAGCAGCGAAAAGAUUAUGAAGUUAAGCCGAAACGUAAUGUUUGUCAAUUUAUUUCGUAUUCAAUAUUAUUUAAAUCAAUAUUUAUCAUCGCAAGCCACAAACAAAUCGCAUACACACAGUCGAUUAUAGUUUUUGUCCGCCGCUUUACGCUUUUUUACAGUAAUAUGAUAAAACCAAGUAAAUAUAAUUAUAUUUUUUAGUAGAAUAGUUAGAAUUUAUUAGAAUGGGACGUCUGAUUAGCGUUUAGUCGAUAAAAACAAAUCGAAAGAGACUUAAUGUAGCCGAGGCGAACUGAUUUCUGAGUAAUUUAGUUUGAAUGAUUUCCAUUAGAAAAUUCAGGACGCUAAACGCGAUUUAUAUUUCCUACACAUAUACACACACAUUCAGAAGAUGGAGAUAUUUUUUUUUUUAUAAUUUUAAAGAGAGGUGUUGUAAACGUUUAUAUUUGUAUAGAAUUUUUGCCGGAUUUUAAGGAGAAGGAAACAACAAAAAUUCCAAAAACGACAACAACAAUAGUAGCAACAGCUUUGUAACAUUGAUGAUUGUAAUAGUGAUUGGAAAUCUUCAUACUUUGCAGAGAACAGUCUCAAUGUAAUAGAGGGAAUUUCGUCAAAUGAAAAUGUUUAUUUUAUGAAAUUUCUAUUCGUAUGGAAGUUUAAAUUCGUGAAACAUUAUCUUUUCGGUUCUUUAGGUUCGCUUUAUAUUUUUGGAGACCUCAAAUCUCCAUAACAUACUAUAUUUAACUAUGAUUCGAAAAGGAAGGCUAUGACGAACAUUUUGUUCUGUUGGAAACGCAAAUCUAUUUACUUAACACUUUAGCGUGGAAGCUGGCUCGCAGUCACUACGCUAUCUUAGAAAAUGUAUGUCAAAGUUUAGUUGGAAAAUUAUUGGUGUCGGGAACAAAUGGGGAUCUUGAAUGAGCUAAAAACAUAUCGAGAAAAAAACGAUGAUUUUUGCGAAACUUAUCGAUGAAAUACCGAAGAAUUUAUGGCAAUAAUAAACGAGCACUUUGUUGCAUAAUUGGACUGUACAUGUUUUAUUGUGCUUGCAGAGAUGUGUGGUUUUAUGGUGAAUAUUCUUGAUUUGGAAUGAAUUUGAAUGUAUCAUUUUUCAAAUAAUUGGAAGCAAUACAAAUAUGCAGUUGGAUAGCUUUUGCCAUUUUGAUCAGUCGACCGAAAUGUAUUUACUUUUUCUCCACUUUUGGGUCCAUAAAGCAGUAUAUAUCGUAUAAAGCUCCUCGUGCUUAAAAGCCAUUAAAAAUAAUUCUCUUAGUAGCACUUUUGAGGUUGAAAUCACAUUGCUAACUAAGGCGAUGAGGUCACCCGCCUUUAACGCCAAAUUUUAGAUAUCCCCAAUAAUGUAUGGUUUAAUGUCAAUACUCCUUACUAACAAUUCCAAUCAUUUGUCCCCGUAAAAAUUCCUGUGUAAAUACUUUUUUAUUCAAAAAACGCCAAACAUCUUGAUCUUCUAGGGCCAAAAAUUGACUUUCUCUCCUUUGAAACAGCGAUCAUUAUCUCUUAAAGCUGGAUAUGCCCUUUAUUUGCUCACAAGCUCGACUUUUCCUCUUAAUUGGCUGCAUGAUGCGUGCGGUGGAAAUGAAUCGUUAAGACCAACUAAAUUUGUAUAAAAAAUCCUUCCCAAUAUUUAGGCACAAUAAGCAACAAAUCAACAUUUCAUAUUUGGUUAACACAUAUUCUGUUGCAGUAAUUCUGAAAACAAUCAGAUUGCAUUGUAUUGUUUCAAAUUCACUUCGCCGUGACGAUGAAAACGUCAGCAACCUUCCGAAAGUUCCUUAUUGAUAACCAGAAAACGCAUAAAAACGAUGAACAUUUUUUUUACUGUUUUGCCUUUCAAUGCUACUGAACUGUUGUUAUUCUCUAAAUUUGGGGAAGCUGACGCUUCUCAAUAGAAGUGCUAACCAAAUCGUUCCAGUCAAAUGACCAAAAGUUGCCCGCAGUCCUGUUGAUAAGGGCUGAUUUAAAAUUUCAUUUGUUAAGCAUAAAAAAUGACCAUUCCACUUGUGUUGUCUAUUUUACGGAGCAAGACAAAUUUAUACAAUGUAUUGUAUAACAUUCCUAAAACCACUUUUAGCACGUUUCCUGUUUUUACGAUUGUGUGCAUUAGUGCUGCCACACUCUUUUGUAAGCUCUACCUCGCUGGUGAUAUUCAUAUCCAACUAUUUAUAUUCGUAACUGUUAGAUGCUUCCUGCCAUCCAAAAUUAGACCUGUAGGCUUAGUGUUUUUUUAGAUGUUCUAAAUUUUCUCAAUAAUUAUCAUUAAUCGUCCGAAAACCAAAAUAUUGAGUACGUGACUCUUUGCACAACAUAAAUUCGUAAUCAUAAUUUUGUGCUUGUUUGGCCAAAAUCACGAAGGUGUCUUAUUUGAUAACUAUUUAGCAAAUUCAUUCCUAUCGGUUGAACCAAAUGCCGAAAUAUCACUCCUUAGAAUAUUGUCCCGGGUGUCAAAAUUCAUCCAAAUAAAACCACAAAACCAAAAACUUAAGGUUCUUUAUUGCAACACAAUGUCAGUCUAGAAAAAUCAAGUUAAUCUAGUAUCCAACAGCCACUUCUCUAGCCACAAUAAUCUCCGCGCACAUUUGCUUUGAAAUAACAACUGAUUCCGACCAGUUCUCUUUGAAGUCAGUUUUUCGACUAAGUCAAAUGUUCAUUUAUAUCUUUUGAAUUUUCAACAUCGACAGCAGGCACAGUACGUGUAGAAUUUAUUUUUGCUAUUGUUAAAUAGCAAUAUUGAUUUUGGUAAUUUGGGAAUUUGGGGUGAGAUUUAUGGACAUUAUCUUGGAAUCAAGUUGAUAAAAUUAACAAAAUUAUGACGCAUAGUAAAAAUAAUGAUUAGAACAGAGAAAAUUGUUGUUGAUGCGUUCAACAUUGAUUUUAUUUGGCGAAAUUUUUCUAAAGUUAUACAAUUCGACAAAUUCCGUGUGUUAUCACUUGCACUCUUGUUUCUUGAAAUCCUUUUUUUAACUAAAUGUCUUCUUUUCAAAGCUUGUACAUGUAACGAAUGGGAAAUAUGUUAACUUCUUAUUUAUGUGGAAGCCAAGAUAAUUCGCUCUUUUACUAUUUUAUUAUAGAGAAUAUCGAGUCUUUGCUAGUAAUUAUUAAGAAAAUAAGAUCCAAAGUAAAUGGGAAAAGCCAUUCAGUCUGAUUAAAACCCGCGCUCUAGACGGAGCAAUCUGAUUGCUAACCAAGUUGCGAUUCAUUUGCCACAGACUAUGUAACUUCAUUACGUUCUAAGAUCUUAAAAAUAUGUUUGAUGGGCGUUUGUUAUUGUUCCACAAUGCUGAAGCUGCAAACCACGCUAGUUGCCAUGCUCCACAUACAAAUAUUAAAAUUGUUCGAUAUUCUUGCAACCAUUACUGCAACCCGGGGGAGCAAGCGUAACUUGCCCAUAGGCAUGCAAUUUGCAACUUGGUUGCACCCAUGUAACCCGUCCGUGGUCGCGAUAGGUUUUAGUUUCUGUGAAAUGAAAUGAAUUUCAACCAAUUUUACACGCCUUCUCUUUCCAAGAGCACACAAGGGAACAUUCUCGAUCUACUCCUGAGUGAAAAUGGACUUCGAAUCUAGAAGACUUGAAUAGAACUUACGCAUAAAUGAGUCAUGUUAACAAAGCUAGUAAUUAUGAAAUGCUGUUGUUGUAUGAUCUGCAACGCAGUAUUUUAGUUGCAGGCAUUUCUGGCGAAUCUUCUUCGAAGAUUUACUAGCAAGAGCCUUAGCAUGAUUGUAUAAAGCUUUUUCCUUUUCUGCUUAGUAUUUUUCUUUUUGUCUCACUUAUAUAUUAAGGCAAAGUCAAAACAACAACGUUAGAUCUUCAAUGGUAUUUCUGAAGUGAGUUGCGGUAAAAUUUCAUCGAUAAUCUCCUACCAAUCUUCGGAUCACUGUUGCUAUGCUUAAUUUUUUCUACUCGUUUGAAAAUUCCCCCAAAAGUAAAUAAUCGAAAAAUCAUUUUCGUUCAACAAAAACACAAUUCUGUUAUAUUUUCCCGACACCUCAGGGAUGCAAGAUUCUCUUCUUGUAUAUGUACUCCAUUGUACUUCCUCGUGCUAUUAUUUCCAAUUUCUCUUUACCUGCGAGCCAAUUAUCAUCAAAAAAACAUACAACAAAGUGUAUUAACGGCCCCGAUGGUAUCACCUAAGAACCUGAGAAGCAUAAACCUCCUACGAAUUGAUUGACAAAAAAUCAGAGUAUGGAAUGAGACAAAAGGUCUAAAUUGCCCAGUGUCAUGGAAUCUUUAUCAAUUCGGUCUAUGGCAAAAAGAAAAAAAAGAUAACUAAUUCGAAAUGAACAAAAAGCAAACCAAGCAAAAAUAACAUUAGUGAUGAAAUAUUUAUUUUCUUAACUACAUUAAAAGCUAGUAAGUAGGCAUAAAGGAAGGCAUAGGAAGAAGAUGCAGACAAGCGUAUGCUUUAUAACAAAAUACUAUUGGAUGAAUCCAAUGUUACAUGAAAAUUUGAAAUUCGUUGACAUAUAAAAACAUUAAAAUAAGAUGGAAAAAAUAUCAAUAAAACACACAAACAAAUAUUCAAUAAAAAACGCUGUGUAUAGUUUUUAGUAAGAAGGACUCGCGUUUCUUCAGAAUUAAAUAUGAAAUACAAAGAUUUCACUUUUAUUUUCACGUGCGCUACUAUUUUUCAUUUUAUAACUGAGGACAGCAAGUUAUAUGGGAACCUAAUUAUUGUUAUGUGUAACUUUUCGGCGCUUUAUGUCCUUCGGUUGGUGAAAUUAAUUUAUUUAUAAAUUUGGCUUGGUCAAAAAGUAAAGUCAAACAAAUCGGAACAGAAUGCUGCUUAAAUUAGCAAAGCCAAAUUAGCCAAUGAAAAUACAAAAAAAAAAUUGAAAAUAGAAAGACAGAAAUCGAAAAAAAAGUUAAAUAAAAAAAAACUGUUGAGUUUCUUUUUUCAAAUUAGGUUGUAGUAACUGUUAUUGAAUGAGAAAUGCUAAGAAAUAAAAAGGAAAUAUUUAAUUUUAA